UAUAGUUAAGCAAAAAUAAGUAGCUAUAUGCGUUUCUAAUUUAAUAACCGCAAUUGAAAGUUAAAAUAAAUAAAAGCUAUAACAAGAAGGAAAUUUUUGAAAGCUUACUUUGUUGUUUAACAUUAAUAAGUCUAAAUAUUCUUUAAAAAAGAAGUUUUUUGUGAUUUUAACAAUCGUUAUGGUGAUUAGCAUGAUAGUUCUCGAAUUCAGAUAAUAGUUACUGUUUUUUGACAGCAAAAUGCACCUUUUUAGUUUUUCCAGAGCUGUUAUUUCAGCUUUGCUCUUCGUUUCUGUUAUUGCCUCAAACCGGGUUUUAGAACUUAGUGACAGGUUUCUUGAAGUUCGUAGCAAUGGUAUGUGGCUAGUAAUGUUUUAUGCUCCAUGGUGCGGUCAUUGUAAAAAUUUAGAACCUGUUUGGAAUCAAGUUGCCCAAUCGUUAGUUGAUACUGAAAUUAGAGUUGGUAGGAUAGACUGUACAAGAUUCACUAAUGUAGCCCAUGAGUUUUCUGUUGCUGGAUUUCCUACUAUUCUUUUUAUUAAAGGUCAUAAAACUGUUGAAUAUCGUGGGGAUAGGGAGCGUACAGAAAUUGUAGAAUUUGCUAGGAGAAUGGAUGGACCUGCUGUGAGGCAUUUUUCUAGCUGUGAACAAUUUCAAACUUUAAGAAGAGACAAAAAAGUCUUUUUUAUCCAUGUAAAUGGAGCAAAAAUUGAAGACAAAGAAGUACUUAAAGAUAAUUAUACAAGAGCUGCUGAAAACUUUCAAAUUUUUGUAAGUUUUUAUACUGUUCCUGUUCAGUGUAUUGCUCAAGUUGAAGGGCUUGCUGUGCCAACAGAAGAAGCUGUGUAUGUGUGUAAAGAUGGCUCAUGCUUUCAAUAUGAGGAUAAAUAUCUGGAAGAAGACAACAUGACGCUUCAUAAUUGGAUAAACAAAGAAAGAUUCCCUGCAUUUAUUAAAAUUUCACAUGGUAACUUCCAUCAGUUGAUGAAGACAAAUAAGUAUGUUGUCAUGGCUGUUUUAGAAGAAAAUCAAAUUGGAGGUCUUACUCUCAAAAUGUCUGAAUUUCGAGAUGUGGUUGAAGCAAUUGCUAUAAAUAAUAAAGACUUAUUUCAUGAUUACUUCAUUUUUGGUUGGCUUGGGCAACCUGAUAUUGCCAACAAUAUUGCCAUGGAAUCUUUACAGAUUCCAAGCCUCAUUGUAGUGAAUACAACUACUUAUCAGUUUUAUACUCCUGACUUAGAAGAAGAUGAGAGAAUUCCAUCCCCGCAGAGUAUUUUGGAACUUUUAGAUAAGAUAAAGAAUGACAGCGCUCAAGCUUUUGGAGGAGAAAGUUUCAUGCAUCGAGUAUAUCGAACUUAUUACAGUGUCAAAACUUCCCUAUAUGGUAUGUGGAAAGGAAACCCUGUAUUGACUACUGUAUUACUUGGCCUUCCCUUUGGUCUAUUCAGUAUCAUAUGCUACACUACUUGUUGUGUUGAUAUUUUAGAGGCUGGUGAUGAAGACGAGGAAUCAGAUUCUUCAGAUGAAAGGCAUCAGAAGAAAGAGUAAAAGAUCAUCUCCUGUGAUAUAGAAUCUGUUUUGUUAACUGUUUUAGUAUUAUAUUUUUAUUGUACUAUUUGUUUUUAUGUUUUACUUGACUAUAUCAAGUGAUAAUAUAUUUAUAAAACUGUAUUGUAGA